AAACCCUAAACCUUGGCGUUCCGAGGAUCUCCCAUUGAGUUGAGGACUCGCCCGUGCCUUCUCUUUCUCCCCUCGACUCCUCCAAGCUCUGUGAGGCUUCAUCUCCUCCGCUUUGAACAUGGCCCAAACCCGAUCCGAAGAGGCAGCAUCAGAGGUUGUGGAUUCAGUUCGCUUUAGCUUUUAUACAGCAGAAGAAAUUCGAAAGAUAAGCGUUAAAAAGAUUACCAAACCUGAUCUCCUUGAUUCCAAAAAUGCUUCCGUUCCAGAUGGAUUGUAUGAUCCUGCAUUGGGUCCAAUCAAUGAUACUGACUCCUGCAAAUCUUGUGGCCAGCUUUCUUUUCGUUGCCCAGGUCAUUGUGGUCAUAUUGACCUUGCAAGACCACUUUAUAACCCAUUGUUAUUCAGGAAUCUUCAAAAUCUUCUUCAGAUUACUUGCUUCUUUUGCCGUAAGUUUAGGUUGAAUGAAGAAAAGGUCCAAAGAUAUGCUGAACAACUAUGUCUCAUAGCAAAGGGUGACAUUGUUGGGGCUAAAACUUUAGAAGCUCACUCAUGGGGUGAAUUUUAUUUCCCAAACGAAGAAGAAACAAAGUCUGCUGCUAUACAUACCAGUGAAUCGUUGUCAAAGAUAACGAAUUUAAAGCAACAACAGACAUGGACCUCACUUCAGCAUUCUGAGGCUCUCUCCAUUCUGUCUAAAUUUUUGAGGGAAAAGUCUAAGAAGUGUGCGAACUGUAGUAGGAAAAAUCCAACAAUUACUAGUCCUACAUUUGGUUGGCUCAAUAAGGCUAUACAAGCUUCUGAUAUAAGAAGUAAUUUCAUAAUGGAGUCUGAUCUGGGUCUGUCAUCCACUGAGGAUCAAAAUACUGAAGGCUCACAGUCAAGAGGAGACAGUGCUUCACAACUUGAUGAAGAACCAUCUUCCAUUACAAAAGUCCAAAGAAAAACUAAAAAACAAUCAAGGGAUCUCCCUCCUGAGAUUGCUAAGCAGAUGUUAUCUUCAGGACAGAAGAAGCAUCUAUUACCUUCCGAGGUGGAAGCUAUUUUAAAAGAUUUGUGGAAUAAUGAAGCCAAAAUAUGUGCACUUAUAUGCGAUGUUCAGCGUAGAAGUUUGAAUCGUUUGGGUAGGGACAAAGGAUAUGCAAUGUUUUUCUUGAAGACUCUUCUUGUUCCACCAAGCAAGUUUCGUCCUCCUGCUGGGAGUGGUACUCGUGGGGUGUUGGAACAUCCACAAAAUGUUUUGUUAAGUAAAGUGCAAGAAUCCAAUAUUGCUUUAAGAAAUGUCAUUGCUAAUGGCCCUGAUCAUCCUGAUAUUGUGCGGAGCUGGAUGGAUCUUCAAAGAAAUGUCAAUUUGUUGUUUGAUAGUAGUAAGGGCUGGGUUAAAACUGAGAGGGAAGUCAAUGGUAUACGCCAAUUAUUGGAGAAGAAGGCGGGUAUCCUUCGUCAGAAAAUGAUGGGAAAGAGGGUCAAUUUUGCAUGUCGGUCUGUUAUAUCUCCAGAUCCGUACUUAGCGGUCAAUGAAAUAGGAAUUCCUCCGUAUUUUGCACUGAGGUUAACAUAUCCUGAGCGAGUGACACCCUGGAAUGUUAAUAAGCUACGGCAUGCUAUCAUCAAUGGUGCUGAUAUUCAUCCUGGAGCUACACAUUACAAGGACAAUGAGAGAAUGUAUAAAUUACAAUUAGGUAGAAACAUGCGCAAUUCAAUUUCAAGGAAGCUGCCCACAUCAAGAGGAGUUCUUGUGCAGCAAGGGAAGGGUCCAGAAUCUGAGUUUGAAGGAAAGGUCGUGUAUCGUCAUUUACAAGAUGGGGACAUUGUACUUGUUAAUCGACAGCCUACUCUUCACAAGCCUAGCAUGAUGGCUCAUGUUGUUCGUGUUCUGAAAGGAGAAAAGACACUUCGCAUGCACUAUGCUAAUUGCAGCACCUACAAUGCUGAUUUUGAUGGAGAUGAGAUGAAUGUUCACCUUCCACAAGAUGAAAUUUCACGGGCUGAAGCCAUUAACAUUGUUAAUGCAAACAAGCAGUACGUUGUUCCAACAAGUGGGGAUCCAAUCAGGGGUCUGAUUCAGGAUCAUAUAGUAAGUGCUGUACUUCUAACAAAGUUGGACACAUUUUUGACCCGUGAGCAGUACCAUCAGCUUUUGUAUGCUUCUUGCAUGCCUCCUAUUGCCAGUUCUCAACCCGGCAGAUUUGGUCGAAAUGUUUGCACAUUAUCUUCAGAUGAUGAGAUACAGCCUCUUCUUCCUGCUAUUUGGAAGCCAAUUCCACUAUGGACGGGAAAACAGGUCAUAACUGCAAUUUUAAAUCAUAUUACACGAGGCCGCCCACCAUUUACUGUUGAAAAUAAAGGCAGAAUUCCCAAGGAAUAUCUUGGAAAAAAUCAUAAUGAACUGAAGUUACUUAUUUACAACAAUGAUCUCAUACAUGGAAUGGUUGACAAGGCUCAAUUUGGGAAAUAUGGGUUGGUCCAUACGAUCCAUGAACUCUAUGGUGCAGACACUGCAGGCAUUUUGCUUUCAGUUUUCAGUCGUCUAUUUACUUUAUUUCUACAGAUGCAUGGAUUUACUUGUGGAGUAGAUGACCUUUUACUCGACCAGAGUUCAGAUAUGGAGAGGAAAAGAAUACUAGAAAAAAGUGAAGCACUAAGUGAAGAUGUCCACAUUCGUUUUACUGCUUUUAAAGAUGGGGAUAGAGACCCAAUGAAAUUACAGAGGGAGAUCGAGAAGGUCCUAUGUCGUAAUAGAGAAUCUGCAACAACAUUGUUGGAUAGAAUGAUGUCCAGUUCUAUGAACGUUCUGACUUCCGAGGUAAACCAAACCUUAUUUCCAAGUGGACUCCAAAAGCCCUUUCUGAGAAAUUGUCUCUCUCUUAUGACGACAACUGGAGCUAAAGGUGGUUUGGUAAGAAUUUUUUUUUUGUUUCCUCGUAUUUUUUUCAUUUAGUAUGUAUGAUGUGGAU